UAAUCUACUCAUUGCAAACCGUUUUAACGAGCUGAGAUCUUCCCACGAGUCAGACUCUUUCAUUCCUCAUCCGUCGUCGUUGUCGGACAAACAAAUGGAGACGCAGAAGACUCAAGCUGAAACCCCGCCUAAGCCAGCCGUGUCUUCGUGUAGGAAGAUGGUCAAGGAUGAUGCCAAUUUCUUAGAAGACGUCAAGGAUCACAUUGAUGAAUUCAUCAAUGCCUCCAUGGAUGAUCACAAGAAUUGUUUCAACAAGACCAUCAAGAAGAUGUUUGGAUUGUCAAAGGCUGUUGCAGAAAAGAAGCAAGCUGAAGAAGCUAAAGGAGUGGAGAGUUAUUUGCCUCUUAAGACUACUCUCUCUGAUUAGAGAGAGAAAUUGAUAGAUUCUACCUAACCGGAUCUUGUUUCGGUUUACUUUUCGUUGGUUUGUUUUGGUUAAUCAAAUUUAUGGGCUAUACCAAUUGAAUACAUUCAAAUAAAUUGAAGGGCUGAAAAGCUUAAGGAAUCAAAACAUUUUUUGA